GGAUCGAAGCUUCUUCUUUCAUUUUGUUCUGCCAUGUCGCUUUGUGCUGUCAUGUAGCAUGUGCCGAAGAAGUCCAACAGUGGUUUUCUCUCAAACACAAAACCACGCUCAUGAUACGAGAACACUUCUUUUCUCCAUAAUAGAGCUCAUUUGUCCCGGCUGUACUUGAUAUUAGAGGAUAGAUUGAAAAAUAGAAACCAUGACUGAUAUAAAGGUUCCCUUCCUUGCUGUUUUCGUUUGCAUGGUCCUCUCCUUGCAAGGGUGUUCAGCAUUCCUGUCUGCAGGACCAAUUGCCCAAAGCUCCAAAGCUUUUGAGAGUCGCCUUUUUCUUAUCGAAGAUCUCUCGAUCCUAGGCGAAGAAUGCACGGCGGUAUCGGAUGGCGAUGCGGGUGGGCUCCUGGAGUCUCUGAGAAAGAGAAAAGAUGAACUGGACAUUGGCAUUGGGAAGAGAUACGUUUGUCGCACUCAAAAAGGGUUUCUUAAUGUUCACAAGGAGCCUGGUGAACCCUUCAAUCCGUACAAUGUUGUGCAUCAGCUCAAAGAAGGAGAUAUCGUGACUUCCACGGGACCUCCACGAGGAGGUUGGAUUCGUCACGACAAUGGUGGCUGGAGCAUUUCCAAGUACAACGGGUUCACGUGGCUGGAGGAAUUAAAAGAGUAAGAGGACAAAUCAAAACUUUUGCGCUGGCAAUAAAAGGAAGAACCAACAAUUUUGUUAUAUGGCAUAGAGCAACGAACACAACGCUAUAGAUGUAACUGUUUUUGUC